UUCACUAUGACUAGUUCCCUUCGUCUAGACUCCCUUCGCAAACGUCAGGCUCUUGUUCUUGGACGCCUCCGUAAAAAGCGAGAAGAAUUCGCGAAACUGGAGCAGGAAGUCGACGACAUCCAGUGGGAGCUCGAGGAAUACAAGUACCCCGUCCUGACACUUCCGAAGGAGAUAAUCUCACGCAUCUUUACCCACUUCCGCUCUGCUCGACGUGCUCCAUUGCUGGGUCGGUAUUCUCCUCUUGUCCUUGCCCAGAUUUGUCAUCAUUGGCGCGAAAUCGCACUCAACACGCGCACUCUUUGGAGCUCGUUCAUCAUCACCCUUCUCCCCCACAAGUCCUCGACAGCGUCAAUGUCGACAUUGAAAAUCGUCAACCUAUUUCUCGAACGUUCAGACCCCGUACCACUUUCCUUUGCUCUCGUCUGUGAAGGGAAACAUGAUUCGCCAUAUGUUUACAUGGUCAUGGAGCUCCUCGCGUCACAUUCGUCGCGAUGGCAACACGUCUCUCUUUGUAUGCACCCAAUGCCUCAUCUCAACGCAAUUGACGGUCCUAUGCCACUCCUUCACUCGUUAACCGUCGUCUCCCGAAAGAAUAAUGGGGCUAUGAUACGCUUUCCGGAUGUUCCGAAAUUGUCUUUUGACCGCGACUCAUAUACCGACAUAAUACCUUGGUAUCAGCUGACAGUCAUGAAUCUAGAGAGCAUAGAGCUGCGACAAUUUGUUACUGUCCUUCGCAACUGUCAACUUCUAGUCCAUUGUCGGGCAACCAUAGCUCCAGUGAAGACUUCUCAUGAAGAUGAAGUUUAUUUCAAAGCGCUUCCAAUCAUUCAUCUUCCCCACCUGCAAGCCUUCCUAUUACUCCGCUGGAAAUAUCACUUGGCGGAACGCUUUACUCUGAGUCUCGACUCAUACGGCAACCUAGCUCUACUCAAACUUCGUCUUCCCGCCCUACAGCUGCUUGAAGUACCCGAAUGCAUGUUAGGAAAUGAGCCAAUCAACGCCCUUGCCGCGCUUAUUGCGCGCUCUGGAUGUGCCCUGCAGGAGCUUUGUAUUCGCGACGGGGGGAGAACGCUCAUGGAGCCCUACGAAGACGCCUUCCCAAACAUCAGCAAGAUAUUCUUCGGUACCAUGGACAUGACGGGGAGAGGGGUUUUCGAAGACGAUUCAGAGGAGUGGGCUGACGGGACGGAAUCGGAAGAUGAUUGA